CUGGGACUUGACGGGACGGCCCUUCUGCCUAAUAAUCGUCGGCCCCCUCCCCCCCUCCCCCCAAGGGGCUGGCACGCAAUACCACAGGACCUGCAAGCCGUCCGGCCAUGGCGAGACUUUCACCGGAGCGAGGAACUAUGUCUUGCCCCUGAUGGCCUGUCAAGGGUCGAGCCGAGAUCAACCACAGACCACCGUCUUUGGUACCCUGGGGGGCCCUGGUGGCAUACAUCAGUGUGGGGAGCCGGACUUCCCUUUCCCACCAGGUCAGCACUUGUCUUAGAUGAAGUCCUGCGAGAUUUGGUUCUCAGCUUGAGGCCGUGCUCUUUGUUGCAAAGUCUUGUUCUCCUUUCCAUCUCCACGACAUCUUCAUUAAUCCUGUCCCCGGUCGGAGGGAUUGUAUAUCAAGAUGUGGCACGUUGGUACGAUGCCGAUCGUUGACGAGUGCCAUGAUCUGGUCGUGAACGCAAUAUUAUGGACGGCUUUGGCUUUCAUCGCGGUUGGUCUGCGGUUGUUCACACGAGGAUUGAUUGUCAAAAGGACAGGAUGGGAUGACUAUCUGAUGGCGGCCGCCAUGGUGAGUUGUUCAUCAACGGUUGUUGUCAUUCAUGUUUCCCAGUCACCUUCCCCUUUUCUCAUUUCAGGAAUGACUGAAGUCAGCAAGGUUUGCUCAAUAGGAUUUCUGGUGGCUGUCAUGUAUCAAAUCAGAUGGGGUCUUGGUCAAGCUGUAAAUCCUGCCAAUCUUGAGAGCUUCCUAACCGCGCUUUUCGUCACUGUGCCCUUCUACAAUUGCACGCAGACAUUUUAUAAACUUUCUCUCACAACACAAGCUGCAAGGCUGUUCACAACGACCACUGCUGCGAGGAUCAUGAGAGCAGCUAUUGUGUGGGUCUGCGCCUGCGGACUAAUGUCAUUCUGUGCUGCUCUCUUCUACUGUUUCCCGGUGUCAAAGGCGUGGGACGAUUCAAUACCAGGCUGGUGUGUCAACCGACCUGCGCUGAACUAUUCUGUCGCGGGCUUCAACAUUCUCAACGACAUAAUGUUGCUCAUCAUACCCUUGCCAUUCCUUACAAAGCUACAAUUGCCUCGGAAGCAGCGAAUCAUCCUCAUUUCGGUCUUUGCUUGUGGCCUGUUCACGACCGUCGUAUCCAUCGUCAGACUUCGGGCAUUGUACCAGAAUCUGAAUGGACCGUACGAAGAACAGUCAGUUACCAGCGUGCCCAUUGCCCUGUGGUCCGUCAUUGAAAUCAAUGUCGCCAUCAUUUGUGGGUCAGUGCCGUCCUUGAAAGCUUUUGUCUCCCGGGUGAUCUUCGGGACCAAGCCCGGGUCGACGCCAUCACAUGGUGUAUACGGCCUGUCUGCGACUCGCAAACAGAGUCAAGUGCUGAGAAGCCAGGCUGAAGAGGACGAGCGGCGUGGCACGAGGUUGGAGAUCCAGGUGCAGCAGUCUAUUGAGAUGAAGGCGUACGUCGACGAAACAGGGUCUGAUAAAGAUCUCAUCCAGGCCGGUACGCAGGGUUAUCGGAACGACUCGCGGAACAUGACGGUGACUAAGAUCAACGCAAACACAAAUACAGUAUCGGUCUCGGGGAGCUCUUCACCCGUCUGACAGGAAGUGAUCUGCAAGAGGGUGGUGGGGAUGCGAUUGUUGCAUGCCCGGACUCGCUUCAAACUUGAAGCACCGGAGCGAUGAAGACUCCGAAGACACUAAUUAACCGGAUGAUGACAAAAUACAUACUGUAUACUUGACCUGUGGUUUGUGAGACGCCCUGCUGGUUGCUAAUCAAAUCCUGGCACGAGUCAGUACUCAGUGUGCUCAUAGGUCCUAGCCACCACAUGGAGAUAAUCCAUACGGGAGUUAGCAUGACAAGAUCAUUCAAUAGCAG